AUGCCAACAUCAGAGAAUGAUUUACAUUACAUGAGAAUUGCACUUGAACAAGCUAAACUUUCUGAGCCAAUUACAUCGGCGUAUUGCGUUGGUGCGGUCAUAGUCAAAAAUGACACAAUUCUUGCAACAGGGUAUUCAAGAGAAUUACCAGGAAAUACUCAUGCUGAAGAAUGUAAAAAAUGUUGUGUUGAUAGAAUUAAAGAAAUUGGAAUACCUAGGGUGGUGAUAGGUUGUGGGGAACCCGAUAAAUUUGUUAAAUGUUAUGGAAUUGAAAAUUUGAAAGAAUUUGGAAUUGAAGUAGUUUUGGUAAAAGAAUUGGAAGAAGAAUGUUUAAAAUGUAACAAACAUCUUGGUAUUUAA